AGCGUUGACAAUGUGCAGCGUGAGCCAUAAAAAGCCUUUGCCGUUGACUGUCUCAAGCAGUUACCACACGAUCCCGAAGAUGAGCAGUGACAUGAGAAGCGCUCUGCUAGUGGCCAUCGGUCUGGUGGCCAUUGUCGCCGCCGCCCAAGCUCAGGCGACUUGUCCUUCGCCGAGCUACACCCAAGACAUUGUACCCGUCUGUUUGAAAGGCAAACCUUACGUCAAGUUGCCAUGCUAUGCUGACAACUCACAAUACUGGGAUUGCCUCACAGGGACACCUGUAUUGACACCUUGCGGCAACGCCUUAUUCUUCAACUAUGUUGGCCAGAAUUGUGUGCCUUGCAGUCAGUACGAGGCACCGGUUAGCUGCCCGAACAACAAGCUGGGACUUGCGUGCCAGGAUAUCAAUACUGGUAGCACGCCGAGCCCCACUACCCCUAAAGUCACUAGUGCACCUGGAUCCACUACUCCUUCUCCUACUACAACGCCCGGAGGAGUCACCGAUGCUCCAGGCACCACAAAAACAGUAACGACUAAGACAACCAAGCCUCCGGCAACAAUAACUACGGAGGGUGAGUUCCCCAGCUCCGGAUCUACUAUUUAUGUACCUGCACCACCUGGACCAAAUGAUCCCAAUGUGCCCACACCACCUAACCCAGUUCCCACACCACAAGUCAUCCCCACCGGCCCUCCCACCGGUUAGACUUAGAGCACAUACUGCUGCUGAUUUUUAAUUGCUUGACUGUUCUACAUAUGUAUUUUGAAUAAAGCUCACAUAGUGCAAAUGCAA